AAAAAAUAGCACUUCUGACAAUCAUGCAUUGAUAUUUCUCAACUUUCUUUUUGGAAUCAGCAAACAAAAUUUAUUUAUCUACAGGCACGUGUUACUGCAUCCCGAAAUCCCUCUCAACCGCCAUGGGCCCAAGAGCAAGUGCCUGUCAUAUGUGUGGUUCAGGAUCAUCUUGCUAUUGCCAUCGUCCCUUCUACUGGGACCGUACACAUCCAGAACCACCGAAUUUUCCUGUGGCGCCUGGGGCUGAAUGCGUCCAAAGUUGUCCCGGUACGUCAAAUCAUCUGCAGUUUUCCGGACAGAACACGGCCCAGCCCUCAGAAAGUACGGCCCCAAACGAACCUUUGGCAACGGACGAAUUUAACGACGUACGUAUUCCGCGUGGUACCCCCUCUGCACAUUCGACGCCUCAGCAGAGCAGUACCUUCACAAAUACGCCGUCCGAAAGCCGUUCCACCGCAGCUCCAACGUCUGACUCGUCCCCGGCUACUUCGAAUAAUUCCUUCGAAAAUUCGGCACAUAGCGCUUCAACCCUUGAUUCUAAUAAUUACUUUACAACCAAAAGGCCUAGAUCAUCGCCUGUCGAUUCUGAGAGUAUCGGAACUCAACUUAGGGUCCCUGGACCUCUUCCUCCAGUCGACAACACAAGUCCAUUGUGGGCCCCUAAACCAUUGCGUGUAACCAAGAACAUAACGCAAUUUUGGACAGAAUCUGAAGCUUCCACAAACAAUCCCGCGCUAAAUAACGCUCAACAAUCUAGAAAGCGAACAUUGACCGACACUUCCCACUAUGGCAAAGAGGAGGAACAAUAUCAAAAAAAGUAUAAAGGAGAUUGAGCCAAUCGACAUGGGGUCUAAGAGCUCGAAGGAUGAAGAGCCUGCAUUAUUGCACCUUGGGUAUUUUCCAAUGGCCCCGUCCAGAAUGAUUUUCCGGUUCAAGUGUGCUUCUUCUCGCUAUUUUAGCCUUUCUGAGGAUUAUCUGGAGGAAAGGAAAAUGACGAGAACACCAUUUCCAGCGCGCCAGUUUCGUCAAAAGGUCCCUAUGAGGAACAUGAAGUUGAAG